CAAAAAUGAAGGUAAAUGGAAGUUCUUGGAAGUUUGCACUCAUUUUUUUGACUGGAAUUAUAAUUGCUGCUCAAUUACUUUAUAUUAUACAUUGGCGAUGGCGUUACUGGAAGAAUGAGCUUUGGAGAAAAGAAUUGCCCUCUGAUUGGAUUGUUAUUGAAGUUUCUUCUUACAAUGACGAUCAAAAGGAAACUCCAUAUCCUUAUUCCCCCUCUUCAUUUUCUUAUUUUUCUCCUCCCACAAAUUCCUCCUCUUCAACUCCAACAUUAACCGUUAUAAACGAGACAAACAAAGCAAUAUUACCCAAACCUAUUGCUCAAGAAUUGAUUUGCCCAAAAGAUCAAAAACUACAAAAAGGUUGUUAUGUUAUACUUGAUGGGCCUGAUGCUUCGGGAAGUGGAUUUUCUCGUUUUCUUGUUAUGGAACCAAUGGGGCAAAUUAUUAUUGCUGAAGCGCCUUUAGAUUUUCCUCUACAUGGCAAUUUUACCAGAGAAAAUUCUCGUCAAUGGCCUUUACUUUCCAAGAAACCUCCCCCAAUAGACUAUCAAAGAGCUUUAGUUGUUCAACCAUUUAUAACCCAAACUUUUGUGCCUUCAAUAAUGCCUUCAAAAGUAAUUGAUGGAGAAACACGUCGAAUUCUUUGUUUGGGAUUGCACGGAUCUAUUGUUAACAAUUUCUUCGCUAAUCUUUCAACAAAAUACGAUGUAACAACGAUAGACUCGGAACCAGCAUUACGCUAUAUUUCUGAAAAAUGGUUUGGAUUUUCUGAGACUGAACAGAAUCGAAUUUUUAUUGAAAAUCCAGCAUUUUAUGUCGUUGCUAGAGCUGAAUUGAUUGAAAAUCCAAAAACUGUGGCCGUCCCUAAAAAGAUUGAUUUUAUUGUGGUAGAUGUUUGUUAUGGAUUGGGAGCUGCAGAGAAUCAACAUGUUCAGUGCCCUGUUAAAGAAUUUGAAGAAGAAAAAGUUGUCCGUGCUUUGGCUAAAAAUUUGGCGCCCUACGGCACAAUUGUAAUGCAUUUCUUUUCACUUACGAGUAAAAAGGAUAUACCUGAGCAACACCAAUUAGCUAAUCACGAACACCAAAUUUUGCAACUUUUUAAAAAAUAUUUUGGAAAUUGUUAUUUUGUCAGUGUUGGCCCUCAUUUGUUGUUAACCUGUACUCGACGUGCACAAAUUACUCGUGCUAAUUACAUAACAACUUUCCGAAAAUUGCCAAAAGAAUUGCAAAUUUAUGCGGAAAAUCAGGAACCGAAAUUUUUUCUUGAUUUGGGAGCACUCUAG